UGCCUAUUGGAGGAAUCAUACAGCAACGUGUCUCUGUCAUGGCAGCUGUUCCAGGUGGCAGUUUCCUGAGCACUGUCUCCAGUUGAUCACAGCAGGAAGAACCAGUGCCUCAUCUUCCUCACCCAGACGGGGGAAAUGCUGUGACAGAUGUAUUUAAAGAGACCUGCAGCUGGUCUCUCCUUCUGUCUCUUCUAUUUGGCUUCUUAUUUCACCAACAAGUAUGUCCUAUCUGUCCUGAAAUUCACCUACCCUACCCUUUUUCAAGGGUGGCAGACAUUAGUUGGUGGAUUUCUGCUCCACGUCUCCUGGAAGCUGGGCUGGGUGGAGAUCAGUUGCAGUUCAAGAUCUGAAGUACUGACAUGGCUCCCGGCUUCAGCACUUUUUGUGGGCAUUAUCUAUGCAGGUUCCAGGGCAUUAUCUAGACUGCCAAUUCCUGUGUUCCUUACUGUCCACAAUGCAGCAGAAGUUAUAACCUGUGGAUUCCAGAAGUUUGUGCAGAAAGAGCAGACCUCUCUCCUAAAAAUCUGUAGUGUGCUAUUCCUUCUGAUCGCAGCAGGGUGCCUUCCUUUGUUUGACACGCAGUUUGAUCCAGAUGGCUAUUUCUGGGCUCUAAUUCACUUGAUCUGUGUUGGGGUUUACAAAAUCAUUCACAUGUUUUGGAAAACUAGUUCCUUAAGUGAUUUAGACCAACAAUAUAUAAACUAUGUAUUCAGUGUGGUGCUUUUGGCCUCUGCAUCCCAUCCUGCAGGUGAUCUCUUCAGUGCCUUGGACUUUCCAUUUCUGUACUUCUACAGAUUUCACAGCAGCUGCUGUGCCAGUGGACUGUUGGGAUUCUUUCUGAUGUUGCACACAGUGAAGCUAAAAAGCAUCACAUCCUCAUGGCAAUAUGCAGCCUGGAGUUUCCUUGCAAAGUCUUCUGCUCGGUGGACUUGGAGAAGCCCUGCUUGUUUACACAGAAAGGAUGGGCACAUAACUGAAAACAACGAGGAUUCCAAACCCUCACCCGCAACUGGAAAAAACCAGCUGAAGCUCAGAAAACUCAAAAUGAAAAAAAAAUAAAGCAGCAGCAGCGAGAAUGAAAAAAUGUGAUCAAACACCAGGUCCCUUCAUUCUUCUUUUGUCUUUCUUCAGAGGGAACAACAUGCUAUUAAUAGCACCAGUGAAGGAGAAGCAUAAUUGGUCUGAUGAUUAUGAGUGUUUGCCUCAAAGUACAGGACAAGAGCUAUUUCUGAUAGACGCUGUAAAGGAAAAACUGUAUUGUGUCUCUAGACGGCUCAGUGUGAGAACCUUUUUCAGCAGCACCUUCUCACGCAAGGAACUGAACUCCCCAGCUACUCUGCAGAAACAGGAAAAGUCGUGUUCUCCACUGGAUGCCCCAGAGCUUUUGUUAGAGACUGAGAGCAGGUUACACCGAACAAUGUGAAAAUCCAAGCACUGCCGUGAAUCAAAUAGCAGUGGGCAUGGAUUUUGUUUUAAGUUGUCCUGUAAAAGGCAAGUUCCCACAUGCAGGUCUCCAGUCACGUUGUCUGGGUUGGCACAGUGUGUGAGAACAUAGGGCCUCUGGAGAUAAUUCCUUUUUUGAAUUGUGGCAGAUUGACAGAUAAAACUUUGCUGAAUGGGAAAUCAACAGAUAAAUCUUACUAUCUAUUGUACUGACUCAAUUUGUGUGUGUGUAUUAUUAUUUUUUUCUUCUCCUUAUCCAGGGUUUCUCUUGACCAUUGUACAUUUUUUUUAGGGAGGACUUUGUUUUGUUUUGGUACUGUUUGCUAGCAGUGGGUUGUCUCUAAGUUAUCUUAAGAGGAAGCAGAGAUUAUAAACCUUGAAUCAAUGUCAUGAGAAGUUGAAAGAAAUUAAUUCCAUAAAGCCUUGAAAUAAUUCCAUUCCCCAGUCACUGCUUGAAAUUUUCAUGUUUUCCAAUGUAGAAUGAGAUUUUUAAGAGUCUCUAAAGACUAGAUCCACAAAGGGAUGUAGGCACAUUAAAAUGGCAGUUCUGUGCCUUAAAUCCAACAUUUAGGGACGCCUGUGAUCCUCCAAACCCUUGCUUAGUUGCCACCUAAAUUCCCUAGGUGUCUAAAUUUCUGCUGCCAAAGUCUCCUAGGUGCUUAGGUUUCUGCUGGAGGGCAUGCACAAAACCGCCCAAGGGUACACCUAUACUACCCGCCGGAUCGGUGGGUAGUGUUCGAUGUAUCGGGGAUCAAUUUAUCGUGUCUCGUCUGGACGCGAUAAAUCAAUCCACUAAUCGACACCCGUACUCCACCUCAGCAGGAGGAGUAAGUGCAGUCGACGGGGGCACCGCAGCAGUCGACUCGCUGCCAUGAGGACGACCGGGUAAGUCGAACUAAGAUACUUCGCCUUCAGCUACACGAAUAGCAUAGCUGAAGUUGCGUAUUUUAGUUCGAACCCCCCCGCUAGUGUAGCAGAGGCCUAAGUCCUGACAGUGCAGAGCACACCCUAACUCGACACCUAAGUGUCAGCAGGAUUCUCAACUAUGCAUUCCUCUGCCUAUGUUGUCUGCAGGGCCCGAUCUAGUAGAAGUGCUCAGAGCAUGCCUACUGGAUGGGGCCUCACACCAAAGGCAGCCAAGGGUGACCAGAUUGGGAAUUUCCCAGGGUGGGGAAGUGCAUCUCAAAAUACACCCCCUAAUGAGGACACUCGCUCACCUGCCUUUGAAUCCUUGUUCUGCCUGAUUUGGAGCAGGGACUUGAACUUGGAUCUCCCAUCUGAGUGCCCUAACUACCAGACUAUUGGAUAUUCUGGGGGAGGGUGCUCGCCUGUCAAAGCUAUUCCAUUUUGUAAUAAAUAAAUAUUCAGAGAUUGGCUGAUAAUUAGGAUACUCUCCUGGGAUGUGGGAGACCCAAGUUUGCUUAUUUAAUUAUUUAUACAAAUUGGAACAGCUUCAACAGAAGAAACUGAGAGGGGGCCCACCCCGAGCUGACCAGGUGAAUUAUAGACCUCUCAGCCUGACAUUUAAUGGAGUGGUUGAUCUGGGACUUCAAUUAAAAAAGCAUAAUAUAAUGUCAUGCAACAGGGGUUUACAGAAAAUAAAUCUUGUCAAACUAA